AUGUCACGUAAUCAAUCUAUUGCGGGUAUUGGAAUACUAAUAAGAGAUUAUGCAGGAAAAUUUAUCGCGGGGAUGGGAUGCUUGCAACCAGCGAGAAGUGUAGCUCAAGCUGAACUAUGGGGUAUACUUCAUGCUCUCCAAUGGGCAUAUCAACUCAAUCAUAAAAAAGUAGUGUUUGAAGGUGAUAAUAAAAGUUUAGUGGAACUACUUCAAGGAUCUCAGAUGCAUCCUCACUGGAUGGAUGUUGGUCUUCUUAGUCGUUGUCAGUCACUGUUGUCAAGUUGUAGUACUUGGUCUUGUGCUUUUGUCCGAAAGAUAUGUAAUCACGUAGCUGAUAUUCUAGCCAAACAUGUAAGAAUAAAUAACCUUGCUAGAAUACGGUGGACUAAACCUCCACUUCAGAUCCACUCAGCCUUAGCAACUGAUGUAGGAAUGUAUCAAGUUUCUUAA